AUGACUUCAUUCCUUCUUAACAGAAUAUGCAAUACUAAUCUUAUUAACCCGAGAUUUACCAAAGGCCUAAGAGCUUCGUCUUCGUCAGCCUCUGUUCCAUUCAUGAUAACGUCAACACAAAGACAAAGACUUUACGACCUAAAAUACACGAGAAGUGAUAUUGACUCUCUCUUACCGGAACAGGCUCUUCAUAUUCUUUCCCACGACCUCUCGCCGGAAUCAUACGGUGCUUUUGUACGUGCGACAUACAGGAGUAAGAAACGGAGUGUGGAAUUAGAAGUACCGGAAGUUAUUCAGCUUGGAAGCGUGGAGACAGGGUUGGUAUUGACCUCGACGAGAGAAGAGGAGAGACAGGUUGUUGAGAGGAAGGAGAACACGUGGACAAUAGUUGAGAAUGUUGACGCGGGAAUCGAGUAA